AUGAUAUGGAAACGAUUUGGCAUGGCAGACAAAUCAAGGAAGAUUUGUUACAUUGCAUUAGACUAUGAAAGGGAGACUGCUGCUUCUGAAUCAUCUCCAGUCAACCAGUCUUAUGAAUUGCCAGAUGGCAAGGUGAUUACGAUUGGUCACGAAAGAUUCAAAUGUCCAGAAGUCUUGUUCCAACCAAAUUUGAUUGGUAUGGAAGCAGCUGGUAUACAUGAAGCUAUUUUCAACACCAUCAAGAAUUGCGAUAUUGACAUUAGAAAGAAAAUGUUUGAAAAUGUUGUCUUGGCUGGUGGUUCUACCUUGUUCAAAGGUUUUGCUGAAAGAAUGACCAAGGAAUUGACAAAUUUGGCUCCUGCUUCUGUGAAUAUUAACGUUAUUGCUCCUCCUGAAAGAAUGUUUACUGCCUGGAUUGGUGGAUCCCUUUUGGGUUCAUUGUCCUCCUUCCAACCAUUGUGGAUCAUAAAGGAAGAAUAUAUGGAGGACAAGAAUCAAAAACUUGCUUCAAGCACAUCGGAUGUUUUUGCAGUGAGCUGUGCCGAUGGCUCAUUCCGAUUAAUGUCGAAAACUGGAAGAGUCGAAAAAACUGUUGCAAAUGCACACAAAGGAGCCGUGGUUACGGUCCGUUGGAGUUAUGAAGGAAAUGCACUUGUCACAGCAGGAGAAGAUGGUGUUUUGAGAAUUUGGUCACGAGGUGGUCAGCUCCGAUCAACUCUGGCAAGUAUAGGAAAAAGUGUAUACUCGGUAGCAUGGGGUCCAUCCAGUGAAGAAGUUCUGUUUACGAAUGGAAGAGAUUUAGUGAUCAAACCUAUUCAUGUUUCUUCUAAACAAAUACAAUGGAAAGCACAUGACGCUCAAAUCUUAAAAGUGGAUUGGAAUCCUCUUACAAAUAUGAUUGUCAGUGGAGGAGAAGAUGGAAAAUACAAGGUGUGGGACAAUUUUGGAAGGCUAUUAUACUCGAGUGCUCCUUUUGAUUACAGCAUUACAAGUGUUUCAUGGUCACCCAAUGGUGAAUUAUUUGCAGCAGGUUCUUUCAAUACCUUAAAAGUGUGUGACAAGUCAGGAUGGACCAUCUCAAGAGUAACCACCAACAACACUGGAGCCAUCAUGGAUAUUUCAUGGACCAGUGAUGGAACUCAAUUAGCAGCAGCGGGAGGAAGUGGGAGAGUAUGCUUUGGAAACCUUGUGGGUAAAUCAUUGGCUUGGAAGAAUUUACUGAUCACUCUCGAAAAUGAUGUUACCUUGAAAGUAUUUGAUCUUGUUUCAGAGGGAUCUGAAGAUUUAACAUUCCGUGACAAGGUUAUUAAUUGGUCGUUGGGAUUUGGAAAAUUAAUUGUAGCUACAUGGAGCCAAAUCUGGGUCUAUGAUAUUAAGAAUUUGAGCACUCCUCACGUGUUCGAUGUCAAAGAUAAUAUUAAUCUCAUACUGCAAUCAAAAAAUGCCUUCGUAACCAUGGAUAAUUUCAGCGGUAUUCAAAUCUAUAAUUAUGAAGGAAGGUUGACGAGCAAUCCAAAAUUUUCAGGAUUAAGGACCGAGUUUUUGAAUAGUUACUCGGUAUCUUUGAGUGACGACAUUAUUGCUAUUAUUGACAAAGGGGAAGCAAAAUCCACAGCAAUAAGAAUUCUUGAUGUUACGAGUGGAAAGGAGUUGGACAAACUCGUGCAUAAUAUGGAGAUUGUUCAAGUGGAAGUGAGUCAAUUUGGAUCUAAGACUGACCGGUGUAUUGCAUUCAUUGACCGAAACCGUGAUUUGUAUAUUAGCCAAGCUAAGAAACCAAGUGAUGUUUUCAAAUUAGCCACUAUGGUAGACUCUGCCAUGUGGAAUGAUCAAACCGACAUGCUCUCAGUAAUUUCUGGUGGUCAGCUCAUUAUUUUCUACUAUCCAAGAAUUGUCUAUGUUGAUCGAGACUUGCUUCCCUAUGUAAGGUUUGAGAAGGAUGACAUUGGUAAACAAUCUACCAUUCGUGAUUUCUUUGACACCAAAAUUAACAUUCGACGGGUGGAUGGAACAGUCAUUACUGAGGCUGUUCAUCCUUAUCCCAUCAUAUUGUACGAGUUGAUUGAAAAUAAGAAGUGGGAACAAGCUAUUCGGUUGUGUCGAUUUGUUAAAGAUAAGGCAAUAUGGGCAACGUUGGUCGGAAUGGCCAUUAAAUUGAAUCAACUCAAUACUGCAGAGGUUGGUUUGGCCGCUCUUGAAGAAGUUGACAAAUUGCGAUACAUUUCCAAAAUCAAGAGAAUUCCAUCACAAGAAGGCAAAAAUGCAGCAUUGUCUCUCUUUAUGAGGAACAUUGAAGAGGCAGAGUCAAUUUUGCUGCAAGCUCGGCUAAUCUAUAGAGCCAUCAAAAUGCACAUUAAAUUAUUCAAAUGGGAACGUGCGUUGGAUUUGGCCAAACGAUUCAAAGUUCAUAUUGACACGGUGAUUGCCUAUCGGAGAAAGUAUUUAGCAGAAUCAGGUCAAGAGGAAACUAAACCCGAAUUUUUACAAUUCCAAGAAAUGGAAGUAAAUUGGGAUGAAAUCAGGGAACGAAUCGCUCAAGAAAAAGCAAAAGAAAAGAAUGGAAAAUAA